CGGCGGGCGGGCGAGCGGCAUCAUGGCGGCGGCGGCGGCUGCGGCCCAGCUCGUCCGAGUGUGCCUGUGGGCUGCGCUGCUCGCGCCCGCGGCCGCCGUCUACGAAGACCAAGUGGGCAAGUUUGACUGGAGACAGCAGUAUGUCGGAAAGCUCAAGUUUGCCUCCUUGGAGUUUUCCCCUGGAUCUAAGAAAUUGGUGGUGGCCACAGAAAAGAAUGUGAUUGCAGCAUUGAAUUCUCGGACCGGGGAGAUAUUGUGGCGCCAUGCUGACAAGGGCACGGCAGAAGGGGUUGUGGACGCCAUGCUGCUCCAUGGACAAGAUGCCAUCACGGUGUCCAACGGUGGCCGGAUCAUGCGUUCCUGGGAGACAAAUAUCGGGGGCCUGAACUGGGAGGUUACCUUGGACAGUGGCAGUUUCCAGGCUCUCGGGCUGGUGGGCCUGCAGGGCACAGUGCGGUACGUUGCCGUCCUGAAGAAGACGACGCUUGCCCUCCAUCACCUCUCCAGUGGGCACCUCAAGUGGGCAGAACAUCUCCCCGAGAGUGACAGCAUCCAUUACCAGAUGGUGUAUUCCUACGGCUCCGGGAUGGUGUGGGCCCUUGGAGUGGUUCCCUCCAGCCACGUGAAUAUCGUCAAGUUCAAUGUGGAAGACGGGGAGAUUGUUCAGCAGGUCAGAGUCUCCACUCCCUGGCUGCAGAAGCUCGCCGGCGCCUGUGGCGUUGUGGAUGAUGCUGUCCUGGUGUGCCCUGACCCCAGCUCCCGGGCCCUGCAGACCUUGGCCCUAGAGACGGAGUGGGAGUUGCGGCAGGUCCCCCUGCAGCCUCUCGACUUAGAAUUUGCAAAUGGAUUCCAACCCCGGGUCCUGCCCACUCAGCCUAACCCAGUGGAUUCUUCUCGGGCCCAGUUCUUCCUGCAGCUGUCCCCGGGCCACUAUGCCCUGCUGCACUACCACGAGGGGGUCCUGAGUCUGCUCAAAAACUUCCCCCAGACUGUCCUCGUGAGUGUUGCCACCACUGGAGAGAAGACUGUAGCUGCAGUCAUGACCUGUCGGAGUGAAGCGAAACCAAGCAGUGCUGAAGAAGUGUCUGUGGGGAACUUGGCCGAGAAGUCUCAACCACAGGACUCGCCGACUUGCUUUAACCAGACCUACACCAUUAACCUCUACCUGAUGGAGACAGGUCGGCGGCUGCUGGACACCACUAUCACCUUCAGCCUGGAACAGAACGGUACUCGGCCGGAACGGGUGUACCUCCAGGUGUUCUUGAAGAAGGAUGACUCGGUGGGCUACCGUGCCCUGGUGCAGACGGAGGAUCAUCUGCUGCUUUUCCUGCAGCAGCUGGCAGGGAAAGUGGUGCUGUGGAGCCGGGAGGAGUCACUGGCCGAGGUGGUGUGCCUGGAGAUGGUUGACCUGCCCCUGACCGGGGCUCAGGCCGAGUUGGAGGGAGAAUUUGGCAAGAAGGCAGAUGGCUUGCUGGGGAUGUUCCUGAAACGCCUCUCUUCCCAGCUCAUCCUGCUGCAGGCAUGGACUUCCCACCUCUGGAAAAUGUUUUACGACGCGCGGAAGCCUCGCAGUCAGAUCAAGAAUGAGAUCAACAUUGACAACUUGGCCCGAGAUGAGUUCAACCUGCAGAAGAUGAUGGUGAUGGUCACUGCAUCAGGCAAGCUUUUUGGCAUUGAGAGCAGCUCCGGCACCAUCUUAUGGAAACAGUAUCUUCCUAGUGUGAAGCCAGACUCGUCCUUUAAGCUGAUGGUCCAGAGAACCACUGCCCACUUCCCCCACCCACCCCAGUGCACCCUCCUAGUAAAGGAUAAGGAGACAGGCCUGAGUUCUCUCUAUGUCUUCAAUCCCAUCUUUGGGAAGUGGAGUCAGGUGGCACCCCCAGUGCUGAAGCGCCCCAUCUUACAGUCUUUGCUUCUACCCAUCAUGGACCAGGACUCUGCCAAGGUGCUGCUGUUGAUCGACGAUGAGUAUAAGGUCACGGCUUUUCCCGCCACUCGCAACGUCUUGCGGCAGCUGCAUGAGCUUGCCCCUUCUGUCUUCUUCUACCUGGUGGAUGCAGAGCAGGGGCGGCUCAGUGGAUAUCGACUUCGAAAGGAUCUCACCACGGAGCUGAGUUGGGAGCUGACUAUCCCCUCCGAGGUGCAGCACAUCGUCCAGGUGAAGGGGAAGCGCACCAGCGAACAUGUCCAUUCCCAGGGCCGUGUGAUGGGGGACCGCAGUGUCCUCUACAAGAGCCUGAACCCCAACCUGCUGGCUGUGGUGACAGAGAGCACAGAUGCCCACCAUGAGCGCACCUUCAUCGGCAUCUUCCUGGUGGAUGGUGUCACCGGGCGCAUCAUCCACUCCUCCGUGCAGAGAAAAGCCAAGGGCCCCGUCCACAUUGUGCAUUCGGAGAACUGGGUGGUGUACCAGUAUUGGAACACUAAGGCCCGGCGCAACGAGUUCACUGUGCUGGAGCUCUACGAGGGCACCGAGCAGUACAAUGCCACCGCCUUCAGCUCCCUGGACCGCCCGCAGCUGCCCCAGGUCCUCCAGCAGUCCUACAUCUUCCCCUCCUCCAUCAGUGCCAUGGAAGCCACCAUCACGGAGCGGGGCAUUACUAGUCGACACUUGCUCAUUGGGCUGCCUUCCGGAGCAAUUCUUUCCUUGCCCAAGGCUCUGCUGGAUCCCCGCCGUCCUGAGAUCCCGACGGAGCAAAGCAGAGAGGAGAACCUAAUCCCGUAUUCCCCAGAUGUCCAGAUACAUGCAGAGCGAUUCAUCAACUAUAACCAGACAGUGUCCCGUAUGCGAGGUAUCUACACGGCUCCCUCAGGCCUGGAGUCCACUUGUUUGGUCGUAGCUUAUGGCUUGGACAUUUACCAGACUCGGGUCUACCCAUCCAAACAGUUUGACGUCCUGAAGGAUGACUACGACUACGUGCUGAUCAGCAGUGUCCUCUUCGGCCUGGUAUUCGCCACCAUGAUCACUAAGAGACUGGCGCAGGUGAAGCUCCUCAACCGUGCCUGGCGCUGAAGACCUGAGAUGCCCCUCCCCAGCCAGGGAGCGAGCGGGAGGUGCUGAGACCCAGCUCAGAGGCUCCCGCUGCAGCUUGAUGGGUCGGUGUCGGGUGCGCGUCCCAGAUGAGAGCCCUGGGGAAGCGGAUGGCCUUUCCCGGAGUCUCCUUUGGGACCUGCCUGAUGCCAUCCUCCCUGAUGGAGCCCGCACUCCCGAACCCCGUGGCAAGUCUCGGAGGAACUUGAAGGCCUUUCCUUGAAGUUCCAAGGCUCUUGUCAUUUUUCCUCGGGGGACCGUCCGUGAAUGAUGCUUUUCUUUCCUUCUUUUUAUAAAUCAAGACCCUCAACAGAUUUUUUCUUCUUUUAGGGAGGUCUGUUGAAACUGAUUUUUGUUGUUUCCCAGGUUUAUCUAGAACUCCUUCUGACUGUUUCCUUGUCUCUUGCUUCAGAGUCAGAAGGGAAUCCUUAUUGACAACACCUUAUAGGUGCAUUUACUGUUUUCCACUGGGGAUAAAGACGAUCCAUCUUUAGCUAAGGUUUUAGGACUGGUCCUGCCCCUCGUGACUUCUCUCCAAAGUACUUUUAGACUUGAAUCUGGUAUCAAAACUUGUUUAAUUAAGCCUUUGUUUCAUGUUAUUAGAAGCCAAGUUUGUAAGAGCAUCUGAAUUUGUUGGUUACUCCCUAUAUGUUUCACUGAUAAGACAUCAGAGCUGAGGCCUCUUUAGUCACUACUGAAUUGUCUGGACCCUAUAGAGAUCUCAGGAGAGGAGACAUAAUCUGCCCUUUUCGCGGUACCUCAUAACCACUUGUAGGCUGGUUUGGUCGUCUUAAAACCUAGAGGAAGUUGUCUUUGUUUAAGAACCUCAUUAUUUAUUUUUAGAUAUGAAUUAAUGUGUGGAUCACUGUGUUUCUCUUAAAAUGAGCAGAUUUAAAAUCUGAUUUAACACUUGCAGCUUUAAGAAGGCAAAAGGGAUGAGGGUAGGACUCUGGCAGGGGUGGAUGUGGGUUGCUGAUUGGCUGCGCUCUUGACUUUGCUACAGACGAAGGAGAUCCUGGAAGUUUUUCUUACGGGUUUGGGGAAUGAGGGAGUAUUGCUUUAUUGUGAAGAAUGAUGGAGAUACACCCAGGUGUCUGAAUAAAGCAAGUGACAAAUGA